AUGAGUGGAGUCCUUCAAAAUACCUCAGGCCAUUCCAGCCCCGAUGGCUCAGAUGUCAAUGUCGACGUGGCAGACAAAAAUGGGACCCAUGUGGUCUUCAACGAGCAAACAAAUUAUGUGCCCAAGCGCAUAAUCAUCACAAUCUUUCUGGCUUGCUCCAGCGUCGAUCUACUGGCUCUGAUGGACCAGACGAUGCUCGCGUCGUCUCUCUCUAUCAUUGGAAAUGCGUUAGGUGCCAGCGAUCAAACAUCUUGGAUCUCGGGAGGUUACUUUGUAACAUCAACAUGCUUCCAGCUCAUCUACGGCAAACUUUCUGAUAUCUGGUCGCGAAAGAUAGUUCUAUUCGUCGGCCUCGCUAUUUUUUUCAUUGGCUCACUAGCGGCCUCACUCUCCCAAACUGUCACCCAGCUUAUCGUCUUCCGGGCAUUGACUGGUGUUGGUGGUGGCGGGUUGAUGACGGUUGCCCAGAUGAUCGUGAGUGAUGUCGUUCCUCUGCGUGAACGAGGUAAAUACCAGGGCAUCCUCGGUGCUGUGGUGGCAAUUGCAAAUGGCAUUGGCCCCGUUAUUGGUGGUGCCCUGGCAUCAAUCUCAGAGGACUCAUGGCGAUGGAUAUUCCGUAUGAACCUGCCGUUGACAGCCGUGACGACACUAUCUGUGCUUUUUUUCAUGCCAUUGAGGAAGGUCGAAGGUGACUGGCGGCUUAAACUAAAAGCAGUAGACUUUUUUGGUGCACUACUGGCUCUAGGAGGCACAUCAGUGUUCCUAUUAGGGCUGAAUUGGGGAGGUGGUGAGUACAAGUGGUAUUCAGCACAUGUCGUUGCGACUUUGGUCGUCGGUUUCGUUAUCUCAAUUGCAUUCAUUGCAUGGCAGUGGAAGGGUGCAAGAGUGCCAUUGGUGCCAAUGCACAUAUUCGCCAGCCGAAUUGUCAACGGAUCAUGCUUGACCAUGUUCGUCAAUGGAUGGAACUUCUUGGUUCAGGUGUACUAUAUCCCUACCUUCUAUCAACUGGUUUUUGGAUAUUCGACUGUUGUCUCGGGUGCAAUGCUUCUUCCAAUCACAUUGAUGCAGACCGUCAGUAGUACUCUCUCUGGUCUUGUGGUCCACUGGGUCGGUCGUUAUCGUGAAUGUAUUCUAUUCGGCUGGGUAAUUUGGGCAGUCGGACUCGGGCUUUUUUCGACGCUGGAUGAGUCUUCUGGUAUAGGGAAACAAAUUGGAUACGGUAUUCUGACAGGUGUUGGCGUUGGAAACACCUUGCAGCCGUCUCUCAUUGCGGUCCAAGCGGGUGUUGAGCGCCGAGAUAUGGCCGUUGUCACUUCAUUCCGAAACUUUGUCCGAAACCUUGGAGGUACACUAGGUCUUGCAAUUGCAGGAACAAUCAUUAACAACGUCGUUGCAUCUUCCAUCUCGGUCCUCGAUCUCGAUCAAUCCCAAUCGCGGUCUCUACUGUCAAGUCCACAGUCUUACCUUUCCAGCCUCUCGGCUGAUGAUGCCAAGCAAAUUCGAAGCGUUUUGAUUCCCGCCUACAAAAAGGGCUUUCGGAUAAUCUUCAUUAUUGGCGCGGCAUUGGCAGCAUUUGCUUUCUUCUUAGCAUGCUGGCUCAUGCCACAAGUUGGGCUGAAGCGAGAUGACGACGAAAAGCUGAAGGAGGAGGGAAAGAAACGGAUUAAUGGAGAGCUUGAUGAGGAGAAAACGGGCUGA